UUUCCAUGUGUCCACGUGAUGUCACAGAAAACUGAAUUGGGUUGGUCUUCCGGUCCAGUGAUCAUAUGGAUUACAAUUCACGAAGUGUCUGCGCCCACAAACAGCGUAAAGGCAAAUAAAAACACCGAGCUGCCUCUCAAAGUUGCGGGAAUUGCGUUUUCGAAUUAAAGGGAAGCCAUCGGAUAUGUGGAGGUUUAUAUCUCAUAAUGAUGCACUGUAACGUAAAGAGAAAAUAAGUCAUGGAGGGGAUACUCUAUAAGUGGACUAAUUAUAUAAGCGGGUGGCAGCCCCGUUGGUUUGUACUGGACGGAGGAACACUGUCAUAUUACGACUCCCAAGAAGAUGCAUGGAAAGGAUGCAAAGGAAGCAUCAAAAUUUCAGUCUGUGAAAUUCAAGUGCAUGCCUCUGACUUCACACGCAUGGACCUGACCAUUCCCGGAGAACAGUAUUUCUACCUCAGAGCCAUCAAUGCAGCAGAGAGGCAAAAAUGGUUGGUUGCUUUGGGAACAGCAAAGGCCUGCCUCACAGACAACAGGACUAAGAGGGAGAAAGAGCUCCAGGAGAGCACAGAGGCCCUGAAAACCAAGAUGUCUGAACUGAGGCUGUACUGUGAUCUCCUCCUGCAACAAGUGAACAAGAUCAAGGAAGACUCUCAGAGUGAGGAACCAGGAGCUGUUGUGCAGGUUGGUGAGGGUGUGGGACCACUGGUGAAAUCCACCUGUACAACCUUCCUGAAGACCCUGGAGGAGUGCAUGCAGAUCGCCAAUCGAGCUUUUAACCCUGACCUGUUGGCCCAGAGCCCGCCCACGUCACCCCCUGUCGCCGCCAUCAAACCGCACAAGGUCAGGCCAGUCCACCAAUCAAGUCAAAGUCUUGUGGAGAAGAGGAAAGAAAUGAACAUCUCAGGAAGUGUCACAGAUUUGGCUCAGGAGAGACCUGAAUCUGGACCUGUGACACCCGAGCAGCCCAGGCCACCUCCACUAGACACACCACCCCAGACUGAAGAGGGUGGCCCAGUUGGGGCGGGGCAAAAGGACCCUGAAGACAUUGUGGACACACAUUCCCAAGAUGGCCAGGCCUCGUCUGGAAAGGAGCUGGUUGAAGGAGGGGUGGAGGAGGACACAACAGCAAACUUGCUUGAGCAGGAAAAUCAGCAUGAUCAAGUCCAACUGGAAGUAAGCCCCAGCCUGCCCCAUGACCAGCCAGACGCUGCCCCUGAUCAAAAUGAGGGAGAGCAGGAAAUCAGUCCUGCUACACCGAAGGUAAAACAGGAAGAGCAGGAGCAGGUGGACACCUUCUUCAGCACUAUGAGUCACAGAUUUAGUGAUAUAAGACUGGAGGACGACAGUGGUAUCCCCACACAGCCCUUUUUGGAUUCUUGCUAUGCUUUAGUGCCAGUAUUAGACAAGCUGGGCCCCACUGUAUUUGCUCCUGUUAAAAUAGAUUUUGUGGGCAAUAUUAAGAAAAUCAAUCAGAAGCUGGUGUCGGAUCCAGACUGCUUCCCUACGCUGCAGACGAUGGUCCUGCACGAGGUGGAGGCGGGCGUGGCCCAGGUGCGCAACUCCGCCACCGAGGCCCUACUGUGGCUCAAACGAGGCCUCAAGUUCCUCAAGGAGUUCCUGUCCGAAUUGAACGCAGGGGAACGGGACAUCCAUGCUGCCCUCAACAAUGCUUAUGGGAAGACCUUGCGGCAGUACCAUGGAUGGGUUGUACGAGGUGUCUUUGCUCUGGCAUUAAGAGCCGCCCCAUCCUAUGGCGGCUUCAUGGCAGCGCUGGUCACCAAGGAGGGGGAUGAGCUGAAGGAGGGAUUUCACUCUGGCAUGCGCAGGGACCUUGGGCUCUACCUGCCUGCAAUGGAGAAGCAGCUGGCUAUGCUGGAUGCUCUGUAUGAUGAGUACGGUCUUGAGUCUGAUGAGGUGGUGUGAGCAGGAGCAUGCUCAGUGAGGCCAUGAUGUGGUGGGGAGUGUGGCAGUGGAGUAUGCUCAAAAGGGAUGUUAACCGGAACAUGCUCAGUGUGAGGUGCGAAGGCAAGAGGAUUGGUCAGUUUUGAGGGAGCUCUGUGGAUUAAGCAUGCUCAGAGGAGAUGUGAGGACGGAGCAUGCUCAGUCAAGACUUUUCAGUGUGGAGCAUGUGGAGUGAAGGGGAUUUGGAGCCGUGAGGACUGAGCAUGCCCAGUGAAGGUGGCACAUGGUCAGUGAGAGCAGUUCAGUAUGAGCAUGCUCAGUGGAGGGGUUUUUGGAACUGCUCAGUGAAGUACCAAGAGGACAGAGCAUGCUCAGUUUGGGAGUGUGGAGGUGGAAUAUGCUCAGCUGGGGUGAAAUGCGGUUCUUAAGACAUAAUAGUUCUUAAGUUCAGUGUGUGCUCACUCGUGAGACUCCUAUGCCUGAACGCUAGACACCAGUUUCAUCUUACAUCUUUCAUCUUGUUCAAUGAUGAUGUCCUACAGAUAUUUAAACUAUGCUACUCUGUUACAUCUUGGCGGUGUAAAGGUUUCUCCUGUAACUUUUAUAGGUAAGGGCUACAGUUUUAUUGUUAAGACUAAAGUCAUAUGUACUAUUUUGGCAACUUUUUGUAUUUUAGUUAGUUCAGUUUAAUAUAUUUCCAAGAAGCAUAACAAAAAUUUUGUCUUUUAAUACGAAGUCUUCAAAAGGAAAUACAUAAAGGGAUAAAUGUGUUCUACAUUACAGGCAAGCAGGCAGCUCGCUCACAUCACAUUUGCAGUAUAGUUGUUGAAUAGUCUGCAAUUGAGAGAUGUGCCACAUUGCAUCUAGAACAGACAGAUCUUCAGCAUCUGUGCUUAAUGAAGCUGUCUGAGCAUAUGUAAGAUGUGAAGGUGCUGAUCAGACUGUGGAAAGCACAACUCGAGGCUUGUCACAUCGUACGAUUUUAUUGCUAUAUGCUAUAUGUGUCUUGGGUGCUGGAGACAGCAGUCUUGUUUAACAGCGUAAUGUCGCCAACUGCAAGUACCCCCAGUAAAUAUUUGCUGUGCUUCCGUGCAAAUUGUUGCAGUAUUGAGCUAGAGAAACAAUUCUUUUGUCAAUGUUUUGUGCGUUUGCGCCGACGGGCCUCACAGGGUUAAUGUGGCUGCAUUGGGCGUACAGGUGGCCUCUGUGCAGGUGUCCGCACUGAUGUCAGCUUGAGCUGGCAGUGCCAAAUGGAACAAGAAGAGCGAUGAACAGAACGUGCAGUAACAGUCCUGCUGCUCGUUAGCUGCAAGGCUUGUGUAGCCAACUAUACACAACUUCAGAAACUACUGGUCAUCCACAUGCACAAAUGAUACAGACUAUGUAGAAAUGUCAUAUUUUAGGCACUUUAUUUAUUCUUUUUUUUAAUGAGAGAUGAAAAGAAUUCUGAAAUGCGCAGGUUUUUUAUAGCAUGGAUGCGUUACAGUUGAAGGUUGUACAUGUGCCCUAUACUGAAAUAUUUCACCAUAGUGCAUUUUAGGUAAUACACCACUGUAAGUGAAUACAGUUAGUUCGUUGAACUUAUUGACCCAGAAUAAUUCUUUGGAACAAACACAAGCUUGCCCAGCAGCCUGCCAGGGACUGGCACUGAGGUACUACAGUCAUGUCCAGGUAAUUAACCAGUGCAUUGUAUAGUGAAUUUUUUUAAAUGUUUAUUUUAUUUUGAAGGAAACAGAAUUUGCCAAUGUAGUUAACUUAUUUAUACCUAUUUUGUAUUAUACACAGUAUUUGUCAUAAAUAUGUGCAUUGAAAUAAUUGAAUAUGGAUUUGUGGCCUCAAGGGAUUUUGUUUUGCUUUAUUUGUUGCCAUUAGACAGUUCUUGCUUUGUGAAUGUUUUUAUAAUUAUGUCUUCAUGUGUUUUUUUUUUUUUUUUUACAGCAUGACUGUAUUGUUUAGUAUGAGUGAAACUUUUAACUAAGGCUUGAAGUACCAUUUUCUCUGCAAAGUGUGGUGGGGAAUAUUCCACCUAAAAAUCUGAGUUUUAUGAUUUUCUACAUUAAGUUUUCUAGAUCCAUCCGGAUAUAUUUUUUAAAUGGAUCCCCAGUCUCAACAUGAUGCAUGAGAUCAGAACAGCAUGUAGUUCAGAAUCACACAUUUGAAUUCCCUUGCACCUAGUCAUCUACUUGUCUUGCUUGACCAUAUAAUGAUUUUCAAAAUUGUACUUGAAUCAACUGGAGAUUUUGGCUUAGUUUGAAGGUAAUAAUUGUCAAAAUAAUUCACUUAACAAUUUAAAGUUUAGCUACCCGUACCUCUUUCGAUUUUUUGGCUAAAAGUAUCACACCACACUCAACUCUGUCUCCAAAGGGGCUUGAGUGGAGCUUUAGUACCUCUCUAAGGUCUGUGGGAAGGUAUGUGAAUUGCUUUGGAAUUGUAUAACAUGCCUAUUCCAAAAUUGUUUGUGUCAGGGAAAUAUCUGUAAAAUUAAUCAUAAACCUACACAGUAAUUGUCGUUCCAUGUUAAAUUAUUAUGGGAUUGCAUGGCAAAACAAAGUGAAUUGAAGUCACUUUGUGCAAGGCAAUUUUUAUGUUGUUUAAGCAUGAACGUUUUUUUUUACCAUUGACUCUCAUGACAAAAGUCAUAACAUAACAUAAAAACUUGAGUAUUUUUGCAAAAAUAAAAAACUGGAUGGUCAAUUUAAAUAGAAAAUCGUGAAAUUGUAAUUUUCUGGUUGGAAUACCCAUUUAAAUUCAUUACUCAAAUUGAAGGGGAAAGCACAGUUUCCUGAAGAGAAUGUCUGUGAGUCUGACCAAGGACCAAGCAAUGCAACCAAAAUAAAACAACAAUCUGAAUGUCAUCAUUGUUACCAGACACUUAUGUAGAAUUAAGGCAUACUUUCAAUGGCUCAACAGGACUUUGAAUGCAGUAAAUAUAAAAGCAUUAGCUGUCUCAGAGUCUCAGCCUGUGUACGAUCUCUGAGUAUUAGUAAAAUGUAAUAUUAUUAUUAUUAUUAUUAUAUUAUAAUAAUUAAUAAUAAUAAUAAUAAUAAUCAAAAAAAUAAUUUCUGCAAUUUUAUUUUUUACAAGUAUUAAAGAAAUGAAAAUG